AUGGGCAAUCAACUCGCUGUGAGCGGCUCUGUGCAAGAACUUCACUUGCAAGACUUGGCUGAAGGUUUAGUUCAGGAUCACCCUCUUGGAGGAGGUCGAUUACUCAAGAGUGUCCAAUGUUGGACGGAAGAGGGUAUGCCAGUGGUGGUAAAGGUAUAUUUGAAGAGAGAGGAUGAUCCGCCUCUCGCUCUCGCACCUCAUCAUGCCAAAUUGAAAAUAUUGAAUGAGAAAUUGAGUCUGAGGAAUCAACCCAACGUGUUGAGUUAUAAUAGAAUGGUGGAGACCGACAAGGCUGGUUAUUUGGUUCGACAAUAUUGUUAUAGCAACUUGGCAGACAGAAUCAGUACCCGACCGUUUUUCAGUGCCAUCGGGAAACGUUGGAUUGCUUUUCAAAUUUUGCAAGGAUUGAGUCAGAUUCAUAAACUUGGACUUUAUCAUGGCGAUUUGAAAGCAGAUAAUGUAAUUUUGACUGCUUGGGAUUGGGUCUUUCUGACUGAUUUGGCUCCUUUCAAACCAUCACGAAUUCCCGAUGAUGAUCCUUCAUUCUUUUCGUAUUAUUUUGAUACAUCCGGAAGAAGAAUUUGUUUAUUGGCUCCUGAACGGUUUUGUCCAACAUCACAAGUUUAUGGUAUCGGAAACACUGCGUCAGCAACGCCACUCACAAGUACCAAAUCGUUGGCAAACGCAUUUGUCAUGAUUGAUAACAACGGUUUAGAUCAAAGCAUGUUAAUUAAUGAGGAUACAUUGUCCCCUCCUUCGAGUGGCAAUCAAUCAUCAACGGAUUCGAAUAACAACAACACAACAUCUAACACAGAAGAAAUCACUGAAAAGAUGGAUAUAUUUAGUGCUGGAUGUGUCAUUGCGCAGCUUUUCCUCGAUGGUGAAGCGCUCUUUGACUAUUCCCAACUUCUGGCAUAUCGCAAAGGAGACACCGAACACUUCUCAAAAUUAUUGGAAAGAGUCGAAGAUAAAGAUGUUAGAGAGAUGAUUACACACAUGCUCGAUUUGGAUCCAAACAAACGACUCUCAGCAGAAGAAUAUAUUACAAAAUAUACACCGACCAUUUUCCCUAUUUAUUUCAAAUAUAUUCAUGAGAAAGUAAUGAUUCAAAUGCUAGACAAAAAUUGUGACAAGAGAAUUCAAACAAUUUCUGAAAUGUAUGACAAUAUUAUCGAAGAAUUAUCGGAAUCAUCAGAAAUUGGAAAGAGCCCUAGCAAUCAAAGCAUAUCUUCUACUGUGAAAACAGCUCAAAAAAGCUCUGACACACUGAACGCAACGAAUGCACCAGAAUAUACCGGAUAUAUCCAGAAAAACUCUCUCCCUGAACUUAUAUCAGAUACAAAGAAAUUUAAUCACAAUUUAGACGAUACAGAAAACAAAGAGAAAACGCCCUCCUCAAACAACAAAAUCGAAAAGCUCUCUGAAAGAAGAAAAUUUAAUAACGGGAAAAAACUGGGAAAAUCACAAACCACCCAUGAGGGUAUUGAAAUUAUUGCAACUCUUCUUUGCUCGAGUGUUCGAAAUGCUCAAAGUGUGAGCGUUCGAGUACAAGGCCUUGACCUCAUGAAAAAACUUGCAGACUUUUCUUCCAACUACACAAAAUUGGAAAGAUUGAUACCAUACACUUGUGCUUUGUUGAAUGACCAAGCUCCUCUCGUUAAAUCAAAAGCGAUAGACACACUCACAUAUAUUUUGACCAAGAUCACCGCAUUCCCUCCAAGCGACUCUAAUUUAUUUAAUGACUACAUUCUUCCUGCUUUGAAAAUUAUUUGUACUGACAAAUCUGAUUUAGUGAGAGUGACAUUUGCUGAAAAUUUGCCAUUGCUUGCCUAUCAAGCAAGAAGAUUUUUAGAAAUGAGUCAAAUAAUUAACCAAAAUAUCAAUAAUCAAGUCAUGAUAAAAGGAACAUAUGACAGUGAGCUAAACUCCUUGCAAGACGAGAUUGGAUCACGAGUUUUGGAACUCUCAAUGGAUCAAUGUACAGUUGUGAAACGAUCUCUUCUGAAGAAUAUUACACCUUUAUGUAUUUUUUAUGGACGAAGAAAAACCAACGACUUUGUAUUGCCAAUGGUGAUUACUUUCCUCAAUUCACGACAAUGGAGAUUGAGACAUGCAUUCUUUGAACAAAUUGUUGGCAUUUCGAUUUUUGUUGGUCCAACCUCGCUCAAAGAAUUCAUUUUGCCAUGUAUCAUGCAAGCUCUUUAUGACGUUCAGGAAUUUGUUAUAGAUCAAGCUUUGAAUGGUCUAGUUGCACUGUGUGAAUUGGGCAUGUUUGAAAAAUCGACAAUUGUAGACAUUGCUAAAAAAGUUUCAUAUUUGCUCUACCACCCUAACACUUGGAUACGAUAUAAUGCAAUUGCCUUUUUCUCGGCAGCCAGCAAGCAAUUGGGAAUGGCUGACACUAGUUGUUUCUUGCUUGAUAUUCUGAAACCACAUUUGGCUCAAAGCAUAAUGAUUAUUACGGAAUAUUCGCUGCUUGAAAGCAUUACUCAACCAAUAGCACGUGAUACAUUUGAUCGAGCUAUUAAGCUUCUUAUGGAAGACCUUAGUGCUUCCUCUCGUCAACCUUUCCAAACUUUAAUAACACAAAAGUUGCCUCAGGUUUCACCCGAAGAGGUUGACAAAUUGGAGACCAUUUUACCGUACCUCUCUCAAGUGGCAACAGCCGUACUGUCAAAAUCUUGGGAAAAUAACAAUGAUGGCGAAAACCAAACCAACAUCGAUAGUGGUAGUGUGGUACAAUUGAAUCUUCCACUCUUUACACAUUUCACACCAAUAGAAAGUCCCUAUAUUAGUCUGCAAUCAAGUAUUACACAAAAUAAUCAAGCUCCAUCAAAACCAUCACAAUCCAAGCAGUAUAAUAAUGAAUGGAAUACAUUCUUCUCAAUGUCAGGAAAACCAAAAUCCAAAACAAAAGAUAAUGACGACUUCCCAAAGAAUAUUACAAAUCCCCUCUUAAAAGCCUCCACUAUUGGAAAAUGGAGACCAAAUGGUAACUUGUUUGGCCAAUCCACAGAACACAAAGGAUCUGUCAAUGAAAUUUCAGUUCACGACAGCUUGUAUUGGUUUGUGACAGGUGGCAACGAUGGAACAGUAAGAUUGUGGGAUCUCACCAACACUGAAAGAGAUUUUGCAAUGAAUUCUAAAAUGACGUAUACCAUCAUUCAAGGAGGAGGAAGAGUGAACUCGGUGGCAAUUCUCAAUGUGACAUCUCCUCUCAUUGCUGCUUGCACAGAUAAGGGAUGGAUUCACGUAUUCAGCGCAGAUUUAGGCACUACCAUGUACACUAUAACCAUUUCGGAUAGCGGUGCAAUAUUUGUGCAAUCUUCAAGCGGGUCAAAAACUCAAGAAGCAUCCAUUAAUGUGGUGAGACCUCUCAACAUUGGAAAUCAACCAUUACUAAUUUGUGGAAAUCAAAAUGGAAUGGUUGUAGGUAUCGAUCCAAGAGCUGCCAGAGAGGCAUUUUCAUGGAAAUCAAAAGAGGCACUCGAACAGGGACCAAUCUCAGAAAUUUGUUGUGGCGACAAUGAACCUUGGGUGAUUUCUUCGACGAAGCGUGGAUUCCUCACAUUGUGGGACUUGAGAUAUCAAAUUAGCGUUUCCAAUACGCGAAUUAAUGAAAGUGCCAUUAACAGAAUUAGCAUUUGUAAGAAUAGCGUUUUGACCAGUUCAUUCUCAUCUCCGUCUGUAUAUAUCGCAUCUCAAAACAAUGACAUUAAUUUAUGGAGUUUGGAAACACAACAAACCUUAUACAAGUUCAGAUGUUCUGACACUAGAAAGAAGAGUCAACCAACUCCACACACCACACCCAAUAUCGAUCAGCCAUACGGCUCUGAUAAAUUUGCCAUUGGAGAAAUUAAAAAGAUUAUGAGGGAGAGAAAACAAUUUUCGACAGAGGAGCCUACCUUUGAUAUUAAUGCUUUAUAUGUGAAUGAUUAUGAUGGAUGUUUUUAUUCUGGCAGCAGUGAUGGCAUUGUGAGGUUCUGGGAUGUGAACAAAAUUGAUCAGAGUUAUGUUGUCAGUGGCGCCUCUCAACAAGCAUUUAUGUAUGGUGCUAAGAAGGAAGAUAACUGUACGGUAUUUACUGAGGAUGUGAUGUCACUCCAACGAACCGAUCAAUCUCUCACCUCAAGUACAACAAGCAACAGAGGAAAGGGAGGUACUUUCUCACAACCCAUUGCUACACAUCACUUGGACACAAUUACUGAUAUUGAAGUUGUGUCUGGAGUAUCAAAAGGCCAUUUCCAACCUCUCUUGUUGACUGCCUCUCGUGAUGGUAUGCUUAAGGUUUGGAAAUAG